ACGAAAGAAGAAACAGCAGUCCUCGUCGGACAUUUUCCAGAUCGGACUCUGACCUACGUUUCUUCUUGUCCUCACCUGGUUCUUUUCUUUAUUUUUAGCUUCUUCGUUACGUUGGAUUAAAAUACUACGUUGUCAGAGUGUCUGCUCUGGGCAAAGAAGUCUGGUGAGGCGAGAGAGUACUCUCUGGUGGUCUGGUGGGCUCUGGAGCUGGAUAUUGUUUCUUUCUUCUUCUUCCCUUUCUGGGUUUUUUUUCGUGUAGUACUCUGUCACGGUUACUGCUCUCUCUGUUACCUUUUAGUGAACAAGAGGGGGAGGUGGACGAAGGACAGAUUUUUUCUUUUAAUUAUUUUAAUUAUUUUUUUGUAUGCAUUUCGGAUAGAAUUUCUGGAUCUCGGGUGAGUUGCAUUUUGAGCUCGAGAUGGUUCGUAGCUGAGUUGAAAUUUCCAGCGAUCUUGAAGUUGUUGGUGGGUCGUCGGCUUGUUGGGAAAUUCUUCAAAGUGCUUACGACUUUCUGAGUAUGAGAAUUUGGGAUAUUCUGUGGGAAGGUCCUUUUGGCUGAUUCGACUGUACUUUCCGGGUUCGAGAAAGGAAUUCGAAUAUUGAUUGUUCUCGUUUAUCUAGUCUUGUUCUGGUUGUUGUGGCGCUUGUUACUUAGAAGGAAGCGGAAUCCGGUGAGAGAACCAUGAUCUAUGCGAAUAGCAUUCUGGGUUGGGAACUGGGUCUUGGUUCUUGAAAUCAGUGUGGUAGCUGAGCAAAAUUUCAGGGAUAUGGUCUGUUCAGGGCAGUAACUUUCUCCUAGUGUGCUUCAAGACCUUGAGUUGGUGGAUGUAGGUGAACCCACCGACUAGCAUUGCGAUAGCAAUUUAUUAGAGAUGGGUUGUGUCCUUUCGAGAAUUGAUGAAGAAGAGAGGGUUCGGGUGUGUAAGGAGAGAAAGAGGCUGAUGAAGCAGUUGCUGGUGUUCAGGGGGGAUUUUGCCGAUGCCCUGUUGACUUACUUAAGAGCACUGAAGAACACGGGAGCAACACUCCGGCAGUUCACCGAGUCGGAGUCGUUGGAGAUCGAGAACACUUCAUAUGGCCUGGCAUCGCCUCCUUCUCCUCCUCCCCCUUUGCCUCCAUCACCUCCCCCUCCACCGGUUUUCAGUCCAGAUAUUAGGAGGCCCAAUAAAAGUAAGGAGGAGAUUACUAGCAAAGAAGAAAGUAUAGAGAUCAAUGAGCAUUUUAUUUGCACCCCGCCUCCUCCACCUAUCCCUUGCUCAUCCUGGAAUUCUUGGGACCCUUUUGAGACUUCUUUGCCGUUGCACGAGAGAAAGAGUAAAGUGGUGAUGGAAGCAAACGAUGACAAGAAUUGGGUGGAGAGUAAAAUGGAGUUCGAGGGAGAAGAAGGGAUAGAAGAAACUCUGGAAAGGGGGACGGUAGAUCUCUUGCCCAAGAAGGAACAACCUGUGGAGUUUGUUGAUGAUACUUCAUCGCAGAUGAGCUGGAACACUAAGGAAAGUGCUGAUAUGACCAGGGAAGUUUGGAAAAGCAAGAAGUCCUUGGAGGGUAUUGUGAAAAACUUGGAUGAGUAUUUUCUAGAAGCAUCAGCUCUUGUUGGGGAUAUAGCUAUUUUUGUGGACGUCAAUUCAUGGGAUAGUUUCCCACCUGAGAGAACAAAAGAACACAAGAGGAAGAGAAGCAACUCUGCUAAGGUUGUGAGUGCUCUUUCCUGGAACUGGUCAUCUAAGUCACUUCAGCUUAUAAGAGAUGCUGCUGAGUGUCCUGGUCCUAGUGAACCCUGCAUGCCGGGAGCUCAUCAGAUUACACUUGAAAAGCUGUUCACUGCAGAGCAUGAGCUUUACAAACACUUAAAGGAGGAAGAAACCGCAAAGCUAGAGUAUGAGAGAAAAUUGUUGUUACUGCAAAAGCAAGAAGAUGAAAACCAUGACUGGUCCAAGACGGACAAAACCAGAUCAACUGUGGAGGGUCUGGAGUCUGACCUAGUUAUUCUGCAGCAAUCCAUUAGUAGAACUUGUGCAGUUUUACUGACUACAAUAGAUGAGGAGCUCCACCCGCAAUUGGUUGCAUUAACUUCUGGGCUGAUGCACAUGUGGAGAACAAUGUAUAGAUGCCAUAAAGUUCAGAACCAUAUUGCACUCCAAUUGAAUCACAUUUCAGUGAAUCAAGUAACAGAGCUUUCUUCAGACUUCCAUCGCCAGGCUGCAGUACAGCUCGAGGCUGAGGUAGAAUCAUGGUACAACAGCUUCUGCAAGCUCGUUAUAUCUCAAAAAGGUUAUGUCAGAACACUCUACAGGUGGUUACAAUUGACAGAUUGCCUUGCGGAUGAUCAACUCCAGAGUAAUUUCUCUUCUGCACUUCGUAUACUUUGCGAGGAUUGGCAGCUUCACCUUGACAGAGUACCUGAUAAGGCGGCUUCAGAGGCCAUCAAGAGCCUCCUACUGGGUGUCCGCUCUAUCCUUUUGCAACAGGCUGAGGAACUAGAUCUGCAAAAGAAAGCCAAGAAGCUUGAAAAGAAGCUGCAAAAGGAGUCGUCUUCACUGGAUGAAAUGGAGAAAAAGGUCAAGCGAGGCUUGUCCGCAGAUAACCCAACAAUGGAGUUGGGUCCUAAUCAUCCUCUAUCACUGAAGCGCGCGAAGAUCGAGGCCUUGAAGAAAUGGGUGGACAAUGAGAAUACCAAGUGCGUGAAUUUGGUCGAGGUCACCAAGGCGAUGGCCCUGAACCACCUCAAAAACAGCCUGCCUCGCAUUUUUCAGGCAUUGAUGGAAUUCUCGAGCGCUUACGCUAGGGCAUUCGAGGCUCUUAACAACCAUGGCGAGCAGGUAGACACUCAUGUGGAUGAGUUGCGUGUACCCGCAUGAUCUCAUGGACGCCUUGGGCGGUGUAUGUAACUUGAUUCAUCAUUUGGUAACGAUGUUAAAGGUGGCAUUGCAUGUGCAUGGAUAUAUACCUAUGAAAAUCUUUAUAAAUUUUGGUUUGAUCUUAGCUUAA